AUGCGCAACAUGCAGAGCUAUCUCCUGGUCCCGUUUGUACUGUGCUGUGUCGUGUGUUUAGCGCUGCCAGAAGCCGCUGACGCAUCCGAAUGCAGCGCGUGUGGGUAUUUGGCCCGCAACUGCAGCGACGCGAGCGAUGGGGUGGACGUGUGCGACGUCACUGGAGGCAUCCAGAUCGACGACGUCUUCUGCAACGAUCAAGAGUGCAGCUGUGCCAAUGGCCACGAGUGCGUGAGUACGGUCGUGGGCUGCUCGACCAUUUUCCAGGCACGGACUCGACGUCGCUGUGUGGGCAACGCGACACUCUCUCGACGCUUCACACAGUGCGCAGUUGACCAGGACCUCACUUCCCUCAGCGCUUCCAAUGUCGCGCAGGACUGGAUCUACUUCAAACAAGGCCACAAGUGUCAGUCCAUGGACUGUCUAGCGAUCAAGAUGUUCCAUCACAGUGGGCUUGUGCAAUGUGGCAAUCUGCUGGCAGUGUGGAAAACCACCGACUCGGCGGUCGCAACGAGUACACCAUUGGACAGCAGAUCUAUGGAUGGUGACGUGGUGUACCAUUUCAUUGCCGAUGGCUCUCGUGCCAAGGACAUGAAAGCUGGAACGUUUCUGUACUCGGUGCCAUGGUCAACUAAAGCUGGAGCUCUUUUGCCAACGCAAGCACAAAGCACAGCUACUGGCUCGUGCUAUGUCUUGCAGACACGGAACCAGCCAAACAGUACGUGUGAAGGCGUGUAUCUGCAGUUUGACGCCAGCGUGGAGUUUGCUAACAGCGACGAGUACGUGAUGUCCAAGCUGAGCUGGCCCGUGUGGCUCGCUGUCAUUGGCAGUGUAGCUGCAGCCAUUGCUUCUGUUGCUGUCGUUAGCGUGGGUAACCUGCGCGACAGCAAGGACUUUAGCCCCAUCAACGCUACUUGUCCAGGGACACCGUUGCCCGUCCCAGGAAAUGGCCGUAUGAGUACUGAUCUACGUCAGCGCGCAGCACCCGAUGCCGCACAAUUGGAGGCUGGAGCCUGCACGACAGCACUGUAA